AUGCGCCAGGUGAAGACGCCCGCGGUCUCCAAUGCGGGAGCCUGGGCUAUGAAUAUCAUCAGCUCCGUCAGCAUCAUCAUGGCUAACAAGCAGCUCAUGGCGCCCAGCGGAUACGGAUUCUGUUUUGGUAUCAUCUCUCUCUCUCUCUCUCUCUCUCUCUCUCUCUCUCUCUCUCUCUCUCUCUCUCUCUCUCUCUCUCUCUUUCUAUCAUCAUGGCUAACAAGCAGCUCUUGGCGCCCAGCGGAUACGGAUUCCGUUUUGGUAUCAUCUCUCUCUCUCUCUCUCAAUCUAUCUACCUAUCUAUCUAUCUAUCUAUCUCUCUCUCUCUCUCUCUCUCUAAAUUCUAUCUAUCUAUCUCUCUUUCUCUCUCUCUCAAUCUAUCUAUCUAUCUCUCUCUCUCUCUCUCUCUCUCUCUCUCUAUCUAUCUCUCUCUCUCUCUCUCUCUCUCUCUCUCUCUCUCUCUCUAUCUAUCUAUCUAUCUCUCCGUUAAAUUGCAAUCGAAUUCGAUCGGAUGUGAAUCUUACCAUUCGAUCUGACGAGUCCUCCGCCAUUAUUUUCUUCUGUGCAGCCACAACGUUGACGGGAUUCCAUUUCACUGUCACAUCCCUCGUUGGGUGGAUCUCAGCCAAGUCCGGGUACUCCACUCCCAAGCAGGUUCCCCUGUGGGAGCUCUUGCGGUUCUCCAUCGCCGCCAAUCUGUCAAUAACCGGGAUGAACUUCAGUCUGAUGCUGAACUCUGUCGGCUUCUACCAGGUCCAUCUCCUCUAAAAAUUUUAUAAUCCAACCUGAAAUUCACACCGCCUUUUAUUCCUAUCAUAUGGAUCGAUCCCUCGUGCCCGAAUCGUGCAGAUCUCAAAGCUGAGCAUGAUACCAGUCGUAUGUUUUCUGGAGUGGCUUCUCCACAACAAGAAUUACUCGAGACGUGUGAUCAUGUCCGUGUUCGUGGUAGCGUUCGGCGUGGGCAUCUGUACAGUUACUGACUUAGAAGUUAAUACGAGGGGGCUCCUCUGUGCUUCUGUGGCUGUACUCUCCACUUCUCUGCAGCAGAUUGUGAGCAUCGACAUCUUGUUCCUUUCCAUUUUUUAACCUCAUUUCUUCAAAUUUAGUAUGCUCACAUCAUCGUCGAGAUAUUGCAAGAUUAGCAGGACUAGCUUUCGAUUGCUCAAUAUCGACCGCCUCUUAGAACCAGGUCUCAACCCAGAUGAUCCUGUCAUAUAAGAAGUUAAUUAUUAUCAGUUGAAUGUUAUUGGACUGAAUCAGUGGAACCCAAAUAUUUCUUGAUAGCAUGAUGAAAUCAACAUGGAGGCCCUCUUUCUCCUUUAUGUUUUGAUCUAUUUCUUCAUUGUAUUUUUCUGCAUCAAAUUCUCCGAGGAUUGUGGAGAUAGUGCUCAGAUUUCCUCAGUAAGAAGGCAUCAUAUGUUAUAUGAUCAACCGAAUCAGCUGAAAAAUUGUGUUAGAGAAGGCACAUUUUUCUGUUCUUACAUGGUUUAUAUUCUGAUAAGAUCUUGGGAAGCUGGACUCCCUCUCCCAUCAUCAACCGCAGCAAUUAUUGAAUUGUGGCAGGGGAAGGAGAUAUUAUCUUCAGACUACCGAAACAGAGCUUUCUCUUCCUUUUAAUCAUGGGCAUCUCGUGCUUAUUACUGUUCUUUAUCUCUCGUUCUUGAUGGGCUGUAAACGUCAACUUUACUGCUGAUGUUGCAGAUGAUCGGCUCACUGCAGAAGAAAUACAGCAUCGGUUCUUUUGAGCUCUUGAGCAAUACUGCGCCAAUCCAGGCCGCUUCACUGCUUCUGGUGGGCCCAUUCGCGGACUACUUCCUGAAUGGGUACCUCCUUCUAGACUACGACUUCUCAUAUGGGGCCAUCGUGAGUCAACUCCCUACUUCUUCGCAUGUUCUAUUCAAUCUCCUAAACCUGUCAGAAAUUUUGACCCCUCCCCCCACAAACGCUGUUUAUUUCUGAAUUUACUACAUACAUAUUCUGAUUAUUUUAAAAAAUAUAAUCUCAUGGCUCAUAAAAUUAUAGAGAAGGCGUCAUGACUCCCCAAAUGCUGUUUAUUUCUGAAUUUAGUAAAUAGCAUGCACACUCAGUAAACAAAAUAUUGACUUUUUAGAUUAGUCGUCGCGUCCCUUUAGAACUCGGAUGAGUGCCUCGAUUUACAAGGAGCUCGCAGAGAAUUGGUCAGUUGACCAAGAUUGUAUUAACUUUUUAUUGUCUGGUCAGACAAUUAGAGUCAAAGAACAUUCCCCAUCCAUUCCCGUUUGUAUCUGGGAACUUCAACGUCCAUAGAUCACUUCUCACUGUUUUUUUUUAUCGCGCAGCUCUUCAUCCUCCUCUCCUGCACCCUAGCAGUCUUCUGCAACGCGAGCCAGUACAUCUGCAUCGGCCGCUUCUCCGCCGUCUCCUUCCAGGUCCUCGGCCACACGAAGACCCUCUGCGUCCUCAUCCUCGGCUGGAUGCUGUUCGACUCGGCCCUCACCGUCAACAACGUCUUCGGGAUGAUGCUUGCGGUGCUCGGGAUGAUCUUCUACAGCUCUUCCAUGGAGGCGGAGAAGCAGGAGCAGCACAAUCCACCCCUUCCCGGCGCCGAAGACGAAGAAGCUCAGCCUCUGAACGAUCGUCCCGACGGCGCCGGCCAAGCGAAGGCCUGA